GAUGACCAACCUCACUGUCCUCACCCUCUUCGCGGCCAUCUCCUGCGCCUGGGCCUAUUCGGCCGGCGCUCCGGAAUCGACCUGCGACGACAUGACCCCCAAGCACCCCGUGGAGCCCAAGAAAUCUGAGUUGCCCUACAAGGUCACCGUUAACCAUGACGAAAUCAAGCCUGGCGAAGUAGUGGAGAUCACCAUUUCGGAGAAGAGCUUCAAGGGCUUCAUGCUGCAGGUCAGGAAGGGCGAGAAGGCGGUGGGACAGUUCCUCAUCCCGGACGACGACAAGUACUCCAAAGCCAUCAACUGCCACGGUUCCAAGGGG